CUUUGGCGGUUGCCCCGUCCGCAUUUCACAUGUUCGGUUCCUGUCGCCCUCAGAGUAACCAGAAAAAUGCUUUCGAAGAGCAGCUGAAUCACUGGCGCAUAGGCUAAGGCGGCCUAGCUACUCCCACAUCUGUGGCCCUCAGGAUGUGUCCGUCAGACCAGCUACAAGAUUACAGUAAUCUCCACCCGCUGCACUACCGCCAAGUGAAGCUGAAGCAUCGGACGAGCGAGAGGCGUGCGCUCCCAAGCUCUCGCCAAUGGCCCCCGCCGGCGAGCACACGGUGCCCCUGCUCGCCGAGGUCUCAUUCUCACCCCCCUCCGCAGCUCGUCGCAGCGGAGGCGUACACCGCCGACGGGUCCCUUGAUUUCGACGGCAACCGGGCGCUGAGGAGUCGCACGGGUGGAUGGCGCGCAUGCCGCGCGGUUCUUGGCACCGAGUUCUGCUACUGCCUGGCCUUCUACGGCAUCUCCUACAACCUCGUCACCUACCUCACCGGCGUCCUGGGCCAGAGCAACGUCGCCGCGGCGAGGAACGUGUCCACCUGGCAGGCCACCUGCUUCCUCAUGCCCCUCGGCGGCGCCGUCGUCGCCGACUCCUACUGCGGAAGGUACCGCACCAUGGUCGUCUCCUGCUUCAUCGGCGUCGCAGGCAUGCUCAUGACAGCGUUCUCGGCGUACCUGCCGCUGCUCGUCGAGAAGGGCGUGUCGUUCAGAGGCCUCACCUCCUCCAACAUCGUGCCGGUCCAGGAGUUCAUCUUGUUUCUCGGCCUCUACAUGAUUGCCGUCGGGUUGGGCGGACUCCGGCCGUGCCUCAUGUCCUUCGGCGCCGACCAGUUCGACGACGGCGACCCGUCGGAGCGCGCCACCAAGGGCUCCUUCUUCAACUGGUACCUGUUCAACAUGAGCUGCGCGUCGCUGAUAUCCGGCACCGCCAUCGUGUGGGUGCAGGAUCGUUACGGCUGGGCGCUGGGCCUCACCGUCCCGGCGGUCGUCCUGGCCGUCGGGCUUUCUUGCCUGGUCGCGGCGUCACGGACGUACAGGUUCCAACGAACUCGCGGCAGCCCGCUCACCAGAGUGUGCCAGGUCGUGGUUGCUGCCGUGAGGAAGUCCUGCGUCGAGCUGCCGGCCGAUAGCUCUCUGCUCUACAACAUGCCGGAAGACGACCUCGCCAUGAAGGGUGCUCAGAGGAUCGAACACACCUCUGAUCUCCGAUUCUUCGACAAGGCCGCCAUUGUCGUGGCUUCGGACAAGGAGGCGUCCGCGCCGGCGCGGAGCAGCCCGUGGAGACUCUGCGCCGUGACGCAGGUCGAGGAGCUCAAGAUUCUCGUGCGGAUGCUGCCGCUCUGGGCGACCGUCGUCUUCUUCUAUGCCGUGUCGGUGCAGGUCUCGUCGACAUUCGUGGAGCAAGGCAGGGCGAUGGACGCCAUCGUCGGCUCCGUGCGCGUCCCGCCCGCGUCCAUGUCCACCUUCGAUAUAAUCACCAUCAUCGUCCUGGUCCCUCUCUACGACCGGGUCUUCGUUCCGGCGGCAAGAAGGCUCACCGGGAGAGAGAAGGGCAUCUCGGAGCUGCAGAGGAUCGGUGCCGGCCUCGCCAUGCCCGUGCUCGCCAUGGCCGCCGCGGCGCUUCUAGAGACGGCGCGCCUCCGCGCGGCGAAGGCGGCGCCCCUGGCGCCAAACUCGACGAGCGUGCUGUGGCAGGCGCCGCAGUACGCGCUGGUGGGCGUGGGCCAGCUGCUCACCACCAUUGGGCAGCUCGACUUCUUCUACAGCCAGGCGCCGGCCGCCAUGAAGACCGUGUGCACGGCGCUCGGGCUCCUCGCGGUAGCGGCCGGUGGCUACCUGAGCUCCUUCCUACUGACGGCCGUGCAGUGGGCGACGGCGACCGGCGACAAACCGGGGUGGAUCCCCGACGACCUGAACGAAGGUCAUCUGGAUCGCUUCUUCUGGAUGAUGGCCGGACUUGGUUGCCUAAAUCUGAUCGCGUACUGGAGCUGCGCCAGGAGGUACAAAUACAGGAAGGGUUGCUGAUUUUUUAUUUUUUUCAAAUGCUCACCGUGGCAGAGAUUUUUUUUUCAGCGGACGGUGCAUGAAUUGCCCAAGACAAUGCACAGCAAAAGAGAAAUGCCUGGAAAAAAGAUCAGCAAUAGUGAACCUUUUGAAGAAAUGCCUCAAAAAAUCAGCAAUAGAUAACAUUUCUAGUAA